AAUGUGAGGGAGCACAGAGAUAAAUUUAGUCGCGGUCCCUGUUUCGAAUAGCCUCACUCUCCACUCCGCUUACGUGAGGAUAUGGUAGCACGGCGUGUCAGAAGCUGCUGCAUUUUGUCCUAACUAACAUCUAACCUGACGAAAAUGCUGGCUCGUUUAGACACACGUUGAGCGGCGGAGGGGCAGAAAAGUCUUAACAGUUGAGUCUACUCACUCCUCAGUGCCACCGAGGGGAAAGAUGACCGUCACGUACUCAAGUAAAGUGGCCAACGCCACGUUCUUCGGUUUCCACAGGUUGCUAGUACGCUGGAGGGGGAGCAUUUACAAGCUGUUGUACCGCGAGUUUCUAGUCUUUGCGCUUCUGUAUUCCAUCCUCAGUAUCGUGUACAGGUGGGUGCUUACGGAUCCUCAGAAGCGUCUCUUUGAAAAACUGUCCAUUUAUUGUGACCGAUAUGCAGAACAGAUCCCCGUCACUUUUGUACUUGGGUUCUAUGUAACACUGGUGGUGAACCGCUGGUGGAACCAGUUCCAGAACCUGCCAUGGCCAGACCGACUCAUGUUCCUCAUCUCCAGCUGUGUUCAGGGCCGAGACGAGCAGGGGCGGCUGCUGCGUCGCACACUAAUGCGCUACGUCAACCUCACCUCACUGCUUAUCUUCCGCUCAGUUAGCACGGCUGUCUGCAAGCGUUUUCCUACCAUUGACCAUGUGGUGGAAGCAGGUUUCAUGACACCAGAGGAGAGGAAGAUCUUUGAGAACCUCAAGUCACCACAUCUCAAAUAUUGGGUCCCAGUUGUGUGGUUCACUAAUCUGGCCUCCAAAGCAAGGAAAGAGGGCCGGAUCCAAGACAGUGUGGAUCUUCAGACCAUCCUCAGUGAGAUGAACAGAUUCAGGACCUGGUGCUCUACUUUGUUUGGAUACGAUUGGGUUGGGAUUCCCCUAGUCUACACACAGGUUGUAACCUUGGCGGUGUACACAUUCUUCUCAACCUGUAUCAUAGGUCGACAAUUUCUUGACCCUGCACAAGGCUAUCAGGGUCAUGACCUUGACCUCUAUGUGCCAGUCUUCACUCUGCUCCAGUUCUUCUUCUAUUCCGGGUGGCUGAAGGUGGCUGAGCAGCUCAUAAACCCAUUUGGAGAAGAUGAUGAUGACUUUGAGCCCAAUUGGUGCAUUGAUAGAAACUUGCAGGUGUCUCUGAUGGCAGUGGAUGAGAUGCAUAUGAAUAUUCCUCGCAUGACUAAAGACAUCUAUUGGAACGACCCUGAUGUGCGGCCACCGUACACACGCGCUGCUGCUGAUUACUGCAUCCCAUCCUUCCUGGGCUCUACUACUGACAUGGGGCUUUCUGAAAUACUGCAGGGUGAGGAAAUUGAUAUUCAGGAUCCCUGGCGCCGGGGGUCAGUUCUGGGCCGUAUGCGUCGCUUGCUGAGCGUCCAGGAGCCACCUGAUUUGCGUAUCCGCCCAUCUUUCAAGCGCCACAGCAGUGAUAUCGCCAGCUUCUUCCCCUUUGCUCCUGAACACCGUGUCCACCCUGGACCAGAGGAGAGCAUGGCAGGCCACCACAGGCCAUAUUUCCAUCCUCAUCAACACCAUGUGCUGGACACCCUCAGCACCCUCAGGGAGGUGAACAGCACCCCUUCUUCUCCCGACACCCCAGCGCGCAGUCUUUCUCACAAAAGUGUACCUACGUUAGAGGUUAAUGAAGGUGAAUCCCAUCUUGGUAACCGUGACAACAGUGUUGCUCAGGAAUCUUCAGUGGUGAAUGCUUCGUCAGAACUGGAUCAGACCCUGAAGACUGAGGCUUGUCUAGAGGAGCUUUCUGGUGAGGAGCUGAGCCGAGCAGACAACUCUGUAGAAAGAGAGCCCAAGAAGUUUUGCAGCAGAUCGCUAGCUGAAAGAAUGAAAAAGAGGCAGCUGUCAUUUCAGCUGUCACGACAGAACUCCAGGAGCUCCAUGGGGAGCCUGCCCAGCCCCAAAGCUUUAUUGAAAAAGAAAGCACCAAUCACAGCCCCACAAUCGCCAGCCAGAAGCCCCCAGCAGGAUAAGCCACAAACCACUGACGCUGAAGAAGCAAGCAGCCAGGAGAAGGAACAGAACACAAGCCGUGACAGCUGAAAACAGUUCAAAACCAGAGUGUCUCAGGUUUAAAUCCCAAGGUGUAACUGGAUGCCCUCUUGGGCAAAGCAUUUAACCCUCCAUUGCCCCAGGUGGUGCUGUGCUGCUCCCAGACUGAGUAUAUUUAGUUAUUCAGUUAUGAUGUUCUACAGCUAUUUUACAAAAUGU